GUCCGACAUGGCCCGGGCUCUGACAUGCGUUGCAUGAGCCCUUUGAUGGAUACCGAGGACAAGUUGCCCGAUACCGCUUUCACGGCUAGCAGUGUUUAUCGAAACACCGAGGGUUUCCAGCCACACCAUGCACGGUUAGUUCACGUCUACGACGGGAAGGAACACGUAAGUGGUCACGCAUGGUGCCCAAGCAAUACUGUACAAACCUCAAUGAAGGAGUGGAUACAGGUGGAAUUCCCCACGCUUGUCAUCAUCGGCAUCAUCUUCACAGCUGGCCGAGGCGACGGAAAUGCGUACCCUCCACCUUGGCGCCUGUUUGCGUCCAACGGCGUGAAUCAUACGAUCAUGUCUGGGUGUCGUCCAGGGGUCUCUCUGAUGGUCCUGUCUUCUGAGGAGAUGGAGGAUGCUUCCAUUGCCAAGGCCUACUUCUGCCGGGCAACCGACCUUAUUUGCUGUUCUCACUGUUUUGCCAUCGGUUUCUUGCCCCAUGGCUCGCCUUAG